AUGCAGUGUUAUCGUAAUGACAGCAAUUCUAGUUGCGAAAUUGGCAAGAAGGGGUCAUGUCUGGACGAAAUUGAGCCAUUUCUGACCGAGUAUGGUGUCUGCUUUGUGGUGGCACCUAAUAUCACUGUAAGGAGGCCAGGUCCGGAAACAACAUUAUCCUUGGUCUUGAACCUAGAACCGUACGAUAUUAUUCCUGGCACUGUUGCCGACUCUGGGAUCAUUUUGUCCCUACACGAUGCUGGCGAUGAUUCAACACCCCAUCACAGCGUUGGCGUUCAUCUCGAGGCUGGAAAAGUUGUCACGAUUCCGAUAAACGAAGUGCGAAGGCUGACGCGCUACAGUCAAAACUGCGGAAAGCGUGCCAUUGGACCAUUUUCGCGCAAGCUGUACUCGAAGGAAUCGUGUCAGUGGGUAUCUGUCACGCAGGACGUUGAGAAAGUCUGCAAAUGUCGUCCAGUUCACAGUCCGCACAACAGACACAUAUUCGCUGAUCAACCACCGGUGAGCUAAGC